UUUUUGCAGCAACUUUUCGCAAAGAUGUCGAACGAAUCGUGGACUGUAUACACAAUUAAGUUUAUUGGCUGGAUUGCUUUGAGAGCUGCUGCAGACUAUAUGAAAUCUGGAUUACGAAAUGCAUUAAAUUUCGUUGAAGUGGUGAAGAAUUUCUAUCAUGGUGAUAUCGUUGGAGGAGUAAUAAACUUGCUUUAUGGGGUUGUAUGCUAUGCUACUGUUGGUGCAUUGAACGUUGUAAAGGAUGUAGCUGAACAAAGUAUAAAAGAGGCUGUUGUUCAUGGUGCUAAAAGAAUUGUGUUGAUAGCUGAAAGCCAGAACGCGACAUUGCAGUUGAAAAAUACCGAAGAAAUGGUUGACGGAGUAGAUGAAGAGUGGUGUCCGCGCUGUCGUCACGGAGUAGGGCUGACGUGGUCACAUCUUUUCUGCCCACUUCUUGGACCUUGUGUGCAAGCAACAAAAAACUACCCCCGCCCCCUUAGCUCAAGAUCUGGAUCCCAACCUUCCGUAAAGAUGUCGAACGAAUCGUGGCCCAUAUAUUCUUUAAAGUUUAUUGCCUGGAUUACUUUAAGAGCAGCUGCAGAUUAUAUGCUGUCUGGAUUACGAAAUGCACUAAAUUUCGUUGAAGCGGCGAAGAAUUUCUAUGAUGGUGAUAAGGUUAGAGGAGGCCUAAACUUGUUGUAUGCAGUAUUAUGCCUUUCUACUUUUGGUGCAUUGAGUGCCGUAAAGGAUGUAGCGGGACAAAGUGUAAAAGAGGCUGUUGGUCAGGUUGUUAAUGCCAAAAGUAUUGCGUCGACAGCUGAAAGGAGGGCGACCAAUGAAGUUGGAAAAGAUCUAGUUACAAGGGAUUUGGCAAAUGUGAGGGUUAAUGAAGCAUUUGAAGAGGUGUCUUUCGAAGAUACUAACACGCGUACCAGGGUGAGAAGAUUCGCGGUUUCAAUGAGUUCUGAAGAGAGAGAGAAGCAGAGCUGGAGACAGAGAAAAGAGACAGAGGAAGAAAAGGAGAUCACUGAAAGAGAUAGAAAUAGUGCGAGAGACAAAUUAAAGAGAGAGAGAGAGACAGAGGAAGAAACGGAGAUCAGUGUAGAUUUCGCUGAAGUGGCGAACGAUUGCUGUAAUGGUAAUUAUCUUGGUGCAGGAUUAAGCCUAGUGUUUGGGUCUCUAAACGUUAGAGAUUUCGCUUAUUGGAGCACUUUGAAGGAUGCCGCCAAAAAAAGUGCAAAAGAUUCUGUUAUUCAAGCUGCUAAAGAAAUAGCGAAGACAGGUGGGAAGAAAAUGGUGGGCAAGCAAGUUGCAAGUGCUCUGGCAAAAGGAGGGAUGGAGCAAGCAUUUACCGAUGUGUUUUCCGCAGCUACCAAGAUCACGUUUGACAACUUGGGGAAAACUGUGGGUUUGUCAAUGAUUUCUAGUGGUGGACAUGAAGUAGGCAAGACCGUUUUUGGGGAUGUUUUCCAGUUCCUUGGUGAGCCAGUUUUGGAAAACCUACUUAAAGGAGGCGCGAAACAAACUGCUCAAAGUUUUUCACAUGAAUGGAUGAAGGAAGCAGCCAAAAGAAGCCUUGCGAAAGAUUUUAUCAAAUAUUCUUCAAAGAAAUUUGCAAGAGAAAUUAAAACGGCUGGUAUCAAGGGAAUUUUAAACACAUAUUUUAAUGACCCAUUUUCUAUAUUUUAA